AUGAUAAAGGACAAAGAAUCAUUUCAGAGGCUCAGUUUCCUCUACCAGGCAGUGCAUUGCAUCCUUUGGCAGAACCCAGAGAACCAGGAACUGGCUCGCUUUUAUUGCCACAUGCAGAACAGCAUCAGCCGGCAGCUCAUGUUAAGACAGGAUCUCUGCAAAUCUUGCUUCUCCCCUCUCGUCCCUGGAUUCAGCUCCACUGUGCACCAGAGAAAGUGCCAUAACCAGUGGUGGACCGUUGUGCGUUGUCUCAACUGUGGCCUCACCAAGCGUUUCCUCAGCCCCAACCCCAACUACAAGUUGUCAUCAGAGCAACCUGAGGCAUUGCUGGAGAAGCAGAUGCCCCCUAGAGAAGGAGCAAAAACUUCAGGCCAGACCCCCAGCUCAGUGCAACAGCCCCCCCCCAAGUCCUCCCAAGCAGAAAAGGCAACACUACCUGCAAGUUCUGGACCUCACAGCCAUUCUGCCUCUGAGGAGACGACAGCAGGCACCAAAUCUAAAGGGAAGAAGGGCGAACGAACUCUACCCAGUCAGGCAGGCAACUGUGGCUUGGUAGCAAAUGCAUAAUCCCCAAGUCGGGGCAGAAGAGUCAAAUGUGG